AUGCCGGGGAAAUACUCACACACGGUCGUGUUGGCGACUUAUUCUAGUCGUGGCAUUCUCAACUUUCCCAGCAACCAGAAGUCGAAUGCCGAGUGCAAUGACCGUUCUGGGACGUCCUCUUCAUCUGUCCCAAAAUCUCGGAAUGGAGAGUCGACGGCGGUCAAUCAGGCGAGUGCAGCAACGCCGUCACUGUCGACUCCGCAUCAGCUUAAACGACAACAAAAACAAGCUUCAAUCCGCAAAUCUACGGAGUCGUCCAACACUAUCUCAAAACAAGCUCGACGAGGCUCCUACGGCCAUCGUAGUGGGGUCGCAGCACAGACUCCCGCGGUCUCAAGCCAUGGCCAGGAUUCUCAGCCUUAUCAAUCAGCUGCCGGAAUAAAACCUUGGUCGAAACCAAAACCUGGUUUGUUUGGAACCGAUCCUUCCGAAAAUGAUCCGUGGGUGAUUCCCUGGCAGGAAUCACAUCAACCACGUGCAGAUGUGGCAGAAGAUGGAGUUGCUGGUUCUCGUGCGCGGUCAAAGUAUUCGCACGCACACCAUUACGAACCACGUCCGGACGUCAGGCCUAUCCGUAAGCACGAGCUUGGAAAGAAAACCAAAAAGCAUGUCGAACCACUCCUCUCGCUACAACAAUUUCUCGACCUCCUACCUCCACUGAACGAAGGGGGGCCGCAGAUGGACAGAAAGUCCAUGCCAUACGCUCGUUCCUCUUCGUCCAAACCAGUCUCCCUCCUACCAGCCUUUCGGCCUGUGCCUGCCCGUUGUGACUCGGCGCCAGCCCUGCAAGGAAGGUCUUCUCGACUCGACCCGGCAAGACCACCUCCACGAACAGCAAAGUCAAGUGACUCGUACAAUCGUGGGGCCACGAGCUUUAUUGACUCUUCUGACGAUGAAGAUGAAGAAGAGGAAGAAGAAGAGCCUGGGCUGGAGAAGUUGUACCCACGGCAUGUUUCGGCUUCUACAUCUUCAGCAAAACAUGAUCAUGCCCGGUCGCCAUUUCCUGCUCACCAUGAGAAACCCAUUUCUCGUCGCAAGGUAGUCGACCUGACAAAAGCACUUCCAGAGUUACCUGCAAUGUCCCCUCCGCGUCUUGAGAAUGUCACGAAUAGCCCAUCAGCUGCCAGUUACAAAGUUCAGAAAAAUCGAUCGAAACGUCAUUCACGGCAUGCAUACGAAAGUGACGCAUCUGAUGAAUUCCCACUACAGAGACAUUCGCCUCUGCCGAAGUUGCGAUCUGCCACUAUCCAUACCGCAGACCUGGCGGACUCCACGGCCCCUAUCUUUGAGAUGCCUGACAACCAGGUGCAAAGAAAGGCAGACGAUCCACGAACCGGGACGUCAUCUUCACGUUCGAAUUUGCAGAAUCUAGAUCUUGGGACUGACAACCGACAAUCCACCAUCUCAAGGUCCUCGGAUACAGUUGAUUUCGAGGAAUAUCUGAAUGAUCCCUCCAUCAUUGGCCAGCCGCAUGUUCAUCAAAGGUAUUACAGGACAACGGAGGAUGAGACAAGCAAGAGUGACAUUCUAGCUUCCAUUUUCCGACUGAUGUCGCCAACAAGCUUUGACAGGGGUCAGUCACAUCUGAGCGAUGUUCAAGGAAGAAUACCUACGAGUCCCGAUGCCGAGGAGCCUCUCCGUAGCACGCGAACCUCUUCCGUCGCUCCGGACAUGCCGGAACGAACGCCACCGGAAGAGAUCAGAAGCAAGACUCCACCGAUUCCGCUGCGAAACAGUAGAAGACUCACGCCACCAACGGAGGAGGGCCCGGGCGUUUCGGCAAUAAUAUCGUCGAAGCCAGUCAAUCCCACCCCACACUUUGGGACGUUGUCUGUCGUACGUGAUCCGGAGGAAAAGGCCAUGCUCAACGUUCAAAAUUUAUCACGGUCGACCACUCCCCUUCCUGCUGCAGAGACCAAGACCUCGCCACAGAAGUUCCUCCAAAUCCAACGGCAUCUGCUUCGUUCGUCGUCAGACCUAACGUCGAUCAAAAAUCCUGAUAAACCCGAGUCGACGAGGAGGGGUAGCUAUACAUCACUGGGUUCUCCCGAGAGGGUGUGGAAAAAGUCGCCCGAGAUCAAGACACCUUCAAGUGCAGAUUUUGGUGACGACGGCUGGGGUCGUGUGUCGAUUGAACCUGCGAGGUCGACCCGAAAUACUGCAUUGUUCGAGCCAUGGCCCGUUCGGGGGCACGACAUCGUUGAAAAGCGCGGGCGCUGCCACAACCAUGAUGAGGAAGACGCCGCUCUCCCACCCCCUAACAUUUCCCGCCGUCGUCCGGGCGAGGACGAAUUCGAUGUGGCCGCACGAAGUCAGUCAAGGGGUGGUGUUCUUGGGAAACUAAUGAAAUUUUAAUGUUGAAACGAAUAAUGAACGAUUUUGUUUUUUUUGGUGGUGUAUGAAAAGCAAAGCAAAGCAAAGCAAAGCAAAGAAGUUGUUAAUGAAAUCGGAACGUCGCACAAGACGGGUAACAAUGUUGAACUGAUGUCAGAAUUUUCAUUCUGCCAAAGUUGAGACGUGUCUAUAUACGGAAGAGAGUAAAAUGGUCAUGACGCAGUAUCGAAUAUUUUGAAAGGAUUUCAUAAGCUGGUAUGCGUUUUUUUGUGGUUUUCGCACACAUGGUAUAUAGUAACGAAAUGCCUAGAUAAG